UAUAGUUAGACACCUGUUCUAACUUCUAAACUACCUGUUCUCUCCAUCCAUGGAGUGCGGAUCUCCUACGCUUACUCUGUUCACUCCUCCGACGUGCCCUUGAUCCUUCUCAUUCUCCUAAUAAUGGAUCAAUUAUUGAAUCGAGGGUCCCACAUUAUCAGGCUCUAAUGGCGUCUCCUCAUUGAUGACUUGGGUUGCGAAUACCCGGGUAAAUGUCCUAAAUUCUGCAAUUCUUUGCCUAUAAAUUGGAUUGCAAACGAACCCUUCUCUUCAACAAUUCUGUAGUUUCCUUCGCGUUUCUCUUGUUGAAUAGAAGAAGAAGAAGAGAAGAAGAAAUGGAGAUUGAUCUCUCUCCCAAGCCAGCCAAGAAGUUGUACAGCAGUGAUGGUGGAUCUUAUCAUGCAUGGUCGCCCUCUGAACUCCCCAUGCUCCGUGAAGGUAACAUUGGAGCAGCAAAGCUCGUCCUCGAGAAGAAUGGCUUCGCCCUUCCUCGUUAUUCUGAUUCCGCAAAGGUCGCUUAUGUUCUUCAAGGCCGUGGUAGGGCUGGUGUUGUCCUUCCUGAAGCCGAGAAGGAGAAGGUGAUCUCCAUCAAGAAGGGCGAUGCGCUUGCUCUCCCUUUCGGUGUGGUCACCUGGUGGUACAACGAUGAAGACACCGAGCUUAUCGUUCUUUUCUUGGGUGAUACCUCCAAAGCCCACAAGGCUGGUGAAUUCACCGAUUUCUAUCUGACGGGCUCCAAUGGUAUAUUUUCUGGGUUCUCCACUGAGUUCGUCAGCCGGGCUUGGGAUUUGGAAGAGAACAAGGUGAAGACCCUCGUCGGGAGCCAAUCGGGCAGUGGCGUCGUCAAACUGAAGGACGGUUCCAGCAUGCCGGCCCCCAAGGAGGAGGACCGGAAAGGGAUGGCUCUGAACUGUGAGGAAGCCCCAUUGGAUGUUGAUAUCAAGAAUGGGGGACGAGUCGUAGUCUUGAACACUAAGAAUCUGCCCUUGGUUGGAGAGGUCGGACUUGGGGCUGAUCUCGUUAGGUUGGAUAAGAGCGCCAUGUGCUCGCCGGGUUUCUCCUGUGACUCCGCCUUUCAGGUUACAUACGUUACCAGGGGAAGUGGCCGUGUUCAGAUUGUUGGGGUUGAUGGUCGCCGUGCACUCGAAUCAACUGUCAAGGCUGGUUGUCUGUUUAUAGUUCCCAGGUUCUUUGUGGUCUCCAAGAUUGAUGAUGGUGAAGGGAUGGAGUGGUUCUCCAUCAUUACCACACCAAAUCCUAUAUUCAGCCAUUUGGCAGGGAGGACCUCAGUGUGGAAGGCUUUAUCUCCCGAAGUGCUCCAAGCAUCUUUCAAUGUGGCUCCAGAUGUGGAGAAUCUCUUCAGGUCGAAAAGGACAGCAGAUGCCAUCUUCUUCCCUCCAAACUGAGAAACUUACUGCGUUUUUGCUUAUGCUUUUCCAAUACCAUAAGUCUACAGUGAUGUGGAAGGAAUAAUUUUAGCUUCUUUCUGGAAUGACUCAUUGUCACUGGUUUCUGGUUGUGAGAUUGGACCUGGAAUUUGCUUCUUUGUAUGCCCACUAUGAGUUUUAUCCGGAGAAAUCUAAAAUAUGGUUCCAUGAUCCGAGUGACAA